AUAAAAUAAAAAUCCUCUCUUGGGGAAUCUCCGGCUCCCCCAGCGGCAGGCAGCGUCAGCCGCCCUCCUCCUCGCAUCCGGCGCCGACCUCCUCUCCUCCGCCAUGAUGGACCUGGAUCCCCGCCUCUACGAGAACGUAUCUGUCAGUGAUAACGAUGUUCGCGACAUAGUGCUGUCUUAUCUUAUGCACAACUGUUAUAAGGAGACAGCAGAGACCUUCCUAUCCAGCACUGGGUUAAAGUUACCUAUUGAUUAUACUGUAGAUGUGGAUAAGCGUAAAGCAAUUUUAAAUUCGGUGUUGGAAGGGGAUGCUGUGAAGGCCAUAAAACUUACAGAUGAAUUGGUGCCCAACUUGCUAGAGAAUGAUAAGGAUUUGCAUUUUGAUAUUUUAAGUCUGCACUUCGUUGAGCUAGUUCGUUCCAGAAAAUGCACAGAAGCAGUUGAGUUUGGUAAGAAAAUGUUGACACCAUUUGGAAAAAUUCCCAAGUAUGUUGAGAAAUUAGAGGAUUUUUUGGCCCUUCUAGCUUACGAAGAGCCUGAGAAGUCACCCAUGUUCCAUCUACUAAGCCCAGAGUACAGGCAGAAUGUUGCAGAUAGCUUGAAUCGGGCUAUUCUCGCAAAUGCUAAUCUACCAGCAUAUUCAUCAUUGGAGAGAGUGAUACAGCAAUCUACUGUGGUUAGACAAUACUUGCAGCAGGAAGUUGGCAAGGAUUCUUACACACCGUUUUCUUUGAAGGCCUUUCUGAACAAGUAAGGUGCAACCAAUCGACCUUGAGAAGCGGAAAGUCCUUUGGACCCAUGGUGCCCUUGAGAGUGCGGAAACAACUCCGAGAAAUUUACACAGUUUUCCAUUAAAUAGAACAGCGAGAUUGCACAUAUCUGAUAGAACUGCCUUGUGCAGCGAGACCCGUUGUACCAUUGAAGAGGGAUGUUGUAUGAUUAUGAUUUUUAUUCUCGUGUUUUCCCUUAGAUGUAAGAUGUACAUACCGGGAAGUUGUGUAUGAUCGUUGAGAGAUUUUUUUAGCUCGAGCCAAA